AUGGAAGCGGGCAAUUUGCCUACGGUACUUCGCAUGCGCGACGAGCUCACGGAUUCCGCCACGUUCCAGGUUAUCGUGUCGCCGCUCGAAAACAUUCCAGGCAUCCCUACCAAGGCACUCUCUGCCGAGUUCCACGAGCUGUUCAAGGCUGUAUUGCUCCUCCAUCGCCAUCCGCGUACCCUGAUCCAGCUGGUGGUGCAGACGACGAGCAAGCCGCCUGUUGCGACCCCGACGGUGAACCUGUCCAUGAACCAACCCCAGGAAGCAAGCUCUUCCGAGGCAAAGGAGCCGGAAAAGCGCCGUGCGCCACUGCUCCUGGGACCCGACAUGCCGUUCGAGGCGUCGGAGAUCGCUGCUUCCAUCAACGCAUCGACGCUCGCGCUGAUCGAUGCUGCUAUACCCCUUCGUGCGACGGUCAUUGCAACUUCUGUCGUCGUGGACCCUUCUCCCGAAGAGGAAAAGGUGGCCCUCAGCUGCCACGUCUAUGCGUUUGCCUUUUCCGGCUACAAUGCACUGGAUGCAUCGGGCAACGAUGAAUCCACGGCACAGCUCGUGUACUAUGUUGGCUCUGGCAGCACGUCGGCCAAGCAGCGCACGCUCCUGUUCUCUACAGCGGAGGAUGCUGCAUUCGAGACCCUUUCCCACCUCCGUAACUCGCUCGCCGCGCGGAUAGAAUGA